GAAUUUAGCAUAGUUAUUGACUAUUGACAUUAUUGCAAAAAAAGGCAACUGCAUCUACAAGAAAAAAAAAGGCGGAGAAGGUGAGGUACCCCAAAUCCAAACCACCACCACCGCCGUCAGAACUUAAACCGUAGACAUGGCCGCCGUCCCUCCACCGUCGCCGCCGCAAGUGUCGGUGCACCCGGCGGUUCAGCCGCUAUCGUACCUGCUGGGAACGUGGAGAGGACAAGGGGAGGGUAGUUUCCCCACCAUCUCUCCUUUCAAAUAUUCCGAAGAGCUCCAAUUCUCCCACUCCCCCAACAAGCCAGUGAUAGCUUAUUCGUCGAAGACAUGGAAAUUGAACAGUGGAGAGCCUAUGCAUUCUGAGAGUGGAUACUGGAGGCCGAAAAACGACGGCACUAUCGAAGUUGUCGUUGCUCAGAGCAAUGGUCUUGUCGAAGUCCAGAAAGGAACGUAUGAUGCGGAACAGAGAAGUGUGAAGCUAAAGAGUGCUCUUGUUGGAAAUGCUUCCAAGGUAAAAGAGAUAAAUCGAGUCUUUGAAAUGGUUAACGGAGAGUUGGCUUAUGUUGUCGAAAUGGCGACUAACCUCACAAGCUUGCAAACACAUUUGAAGGCCCUUCUUAAGAAGAUUUGAUGCAAAAUAGCAGUAUCUGUGUUAAAUAAACCGGUGACCGAGCAAUUAAAAUUGCAGGCAAAGCAAAUGCGUGUUUGUGUUCGUGUACUUUGAAUCAAAGAUUUAAAAUCACAAUAAAUGGAACUAUAGUUUUGGCAUGUAGUUCAAUUAACCUUGAUAUAUUACUAUUAAAAGUGAGAUAUAUAGUAU